AUGAAGCCUGGAAAGAGUGUGGAUGUUAAAGAGGAGAUAGCAGAGGUGCAUACGUCUGCUCGUUCUCCGUCUCCAAUACAGAAAACAAAAAGAUCACGAAGUCGGUCUGGUUCGCGAAAAAUGUCAAACGGUCAUGCUGCACCCGAUGAAACUCCGGCCUCCGAGGAACCUGCAGGAGACAAAUCGAAACGAGACAGCUGGAUUAAAUCGGAACACGAAUCCCUCGACACGGAAUUACCGAUACAUGAUCAAAUAAAACAAGGAAUCCUGGGUUUUGUUGAAAAAGAAUUAAAGAAUUCGGAUAAGAACCCAUCGUUUGUAUUCUACUCCCAUGAUCCUAAUCAUUUGGAUGAGAAGUUCAUGAAGACCUUGUCUAGACCUUCGAGUGGUCAUAAGGAAAAGCGGAGUCCUUCUUAUCGUAAGAAGAAACGGCAUUCUUCUAGACAUAGAGACCGAGAACUACAUGAUUUUGAUAUACCUGGGUCUAGUCUUAGUGCCUUGGAAAGGAUAUCAUCUUUUUCAUCGCAGGUGGAUGACUACCUCAAAGAGUACAAAAAAGAUGAAGUAGUAACUCUUAGCGGUGAACUAGAGAUUGAGAUGAAUGAUGUUGAGAACAAUAAUGGUAUAUCUAAGGAACUACGGAACAAAACUCGGAAGACUAGAAGGAAAGUCAGGGAUGAGAGACAAGAGAGCAGUGUCAACGGACGAGAUGUCAGCCCUAAAGUGUUUAAGAGUACGAAGAAUAAAACUGGGACGAAGCCAGUUCGCCCAACGGAUUUGACAACCAUGUUGGAAUCUUUAGAGUCUAGUAUGCCUUACCAUGAUCAGUACAUAGACAAUCCAUUCUCAUCACCAUCUCCGCUGACAUCACCUAAUGUUGAGAGACUGGACCCGUUUGGUUCUCGUAGACCGGAGAAGAUAUACCUUCAGGGUGGAGGGACUUUCAGAGCUGUCUCCAGAGAUAGGAUAUUGGAGUCUCAGCAGUCUAGAGAUGGUGAUAAGUAUUUGAGACUGGGCGACCUUACACCCCUAGAUGUGGCAUUAACCUUACAAAAAGCCUGGCGUUCUUCGGCUCCAGCUUGCCAUGGAGUGCUGGGAGGUCUGUCUUUGAUGCACCUACUCCUCAUCAGUUACUCCGAUGGGUUAGAUGCUGGACACCUCUCGUUUCACGCAGUGGUCACUAUGCCUUACGUCGCCACUUACUAUUUCUUCUGUGUCCUGUGUCUGCUGUCUGUGUUGGAUAGAUUGGAUGUAACAAGUCUAGACCUGACUAGAGGUCUACAACCAUACUUCCAGCCCAUAGUCCUGGUGAUGCUGUACACAGCGUGUCUGCUAGUCUGCACUGCAGCCAGGAUGUAUGAUGAGCUGAUGGUCUACCAGUACGCGCCACUAGUGAAUAAUAUUACUAGCAACAAUAUUACUACUCCAACAAUACCAACAUUCUAUCACACUUGGACGCAUUUUUCAAUAUGGCGCGCGGUCCUAUCAAUACUAGGUCUGGUCUACUUCAUCAUAUCGAACCCUCAAGAUCUAGUCUUCACUAACCUCAGCAAGUUAUUACAAUUUAAGCAUUCCCUUCAGAGCAUUGGAUGA